GGUGUGAAUAUUUUUUAUUCUUCUCAUUUUUUCGAAUAACUACGUUUUUAUAAGCACGGACGUUAUUUAGAAAUCAUCAGACGCAGAAUGAAAGUCUAAGUAGCAUUUUGCUUACGCUUAGCAGUUAGCUGAUUUAUCGACGCGACGAUUAGAAAUUCCUAGAUAAAGUUUAAAAUUCGCGGUCAAACGAUAGAGAAGAUAAAACAAAAGAAUUCUCAUGCGCAACGUGAAGCACGAUGAGACAACUAAAGUGGGGAAUCCCCACUCUCAUUGGACGAUCAAUGUACGUGUAAAAUUCACGUAAGAAUACGUGUACGAUUGUUUAGUUCAGUGUGUGGAUUCCUUUCGCCAUGCAUACGUGUAUUCGAGAGAAGACGACGUUUGACAGGAAGAAAUAAAGCAGGAAUUGAUGAUUUAAAAAAAACACUUACGGCUGGGAGCAGGUCAUGUAUCGUCUGCUCGUUUCAUAAAUGGAGGCUAAGUUGGCUGCCUACAGGGUUAGAAAACGCAAACAAGCUAUGGUCGAAUCGAUGAAAAAUUCUGUUAAAGGCGUUUUGACCUGGGGAUCGAACACCAGCAACACAUCCGCCUCCUCGUCGCCUCCGCCCGCCUACGUAGAACUCGAGGAUAGGGAAGACAUAGAGAGCAGUCAGUCUGAAGAGAGUCUGGAUUUGACGCCGGCAGAGAAUCCGGUAUUGACGCAAGUCACUUACCUGCUGUACUUCCUUCUGUGGGCAACGCUUUACAUGAUAGCACUUCAGUUCGAAUUCGGCGCCGUAUACUUUAUCGUGUCAUCCUUAGUACUAAUAUGGAAGAACACUCGGUCUGGUCCAAAGAAGAAGGGCGAGAUUAGCGCCUACUCUGUUUUCAAUCCAAAUUGCCAAGCCAUCGACGGUACCCUAAAUGCCGAACAGUUUGAGAGGGAAAUAAGGUAUGGUGCUUCCAGUGUGCAUUGAUGAAUUUUGUACGUUGAAGAACGUAACUCCUCGUGCACCAAACAAAAAUGAAUGUACAUUGAGGCAUAAAUUUAUAUACAGUGUGCGUAAGAUAAGGUAGCUAAUUUUCGUAAAUUGUGUCUACGUCAUUAUUGUGUUUUUGUAAUUAACAUAAGUAUUCAAUAUACAUCGAAACCUUUUGAUGCUUUUAAAUCACUCACCCGAUUUGUUUCGCAUUUUAGCCGGGCAUAAAUCAUGUAAAUUUACAGACAUGUGAUAUUUUAUACGAACGAAAGUAUUCUUAAUUCCACUUUAUUUCCCUCGUUACCUCUAUCUGUCUAUUUUAGCCAUCCAAAAUAUCAUUUCGUUACCAAUUUGAGCAUCAAUUUUUUAUACCAGAGUUAAUGUUUUCAUCCGAUUUGAAUCAUUAUACCAAUAGUACAAACCGAAGUAUUUUCAGUAUUAAAUCUCGAUGUGGUAUCGUGUAUGAGAAA